AGAAAUUAAAUUCCAUUUAGAGAGAGAACAAUACGUUGGCAAUUAAAUGGACUGUUAAAAACAUAAAAACAGCUACCGUUAAGCUCUUCUGGCCAUUACAAAAGUGGCUGAAGUUGAGUAUAACUUUCAUCAACAAAGUUCUUCAAAACAAAAUAAAGAAGAAAAAACUCGAUCAAAUGGCCACUCUUAUUGCUCCCAAGUACUUCUCUCCUGUUGAAGAUGCUGAGAAUAUCAAGAACUCUUGUUUAGGUUGGGGAACAGAUGAGAGGGCCAUAAUCUCCAUUUUAGGCCACAGAAAUGCAACUCAAAGGAAGCUUAUAAGGUUGGCUUAUGAAGAAAUCUAUAAUGAGGAUCUCAUUCAUCAACUCAACUCUGAGCUUUCUGGAGAUUUUGAGUGCGCUAUAUCUCAAUGGACGCUUGAUCCUGCUGAUCGAGAUGCUGUUUUGGCAAACAAUGCAUUGAAAGCGUCGACACCUGAUUAUCGUGUUAUCGUCGAAAUAGCAUGUGUUCAAUCUGCAGAAGAUCUCUUGGCGGUAAAACGAGCUUAUCGGUUUCGAUUCAAACAUUCCCUUGAGGAAGAUGUUGCCUCUUCCACAACUGGGGAUAUCAGGAAACUUCUUGUGGCAAUAGUGAGUGCCUACAGAUAUGAAGGCGAUGAGAUUGAUGAAAACACUGCCAUUUUCGAAGCAAACAUUCUUCAUGAUGCAGUAAAAGGCAAAGCAUUCAACCAUGAAGAGAUUAUCAGAGUCUUUAGCACAAGAAGUAAGCCACAGCUCAUUGCAACUCUCAAUCGCUAUAGAGAUAUCCAUGCCACAUCCAUUACCAAGGGUUUGAUGGGAGACUCAGCUGAUGAGUAUCUUGCUGCAUUAAGAACUGUUAUCAGAUGCAUUAGAGAUCCAAAAAAGUACUAUGCAAAGGUUCUGCGAAAUGCGAUGAACGCAGUCGGGAUUGACCGAGAUGCUCUUAGCAGAGUGAUUGUGACAAGAGCAGAGAAAGAUUUGAAGGAGAUUAUGGAACUGUAUUUGAAGAGAAACAAUAUAUCUCUUGAGGAAGCUGUGAACAAAGACAUAGGAGGAGACUACAAAGCAUUUAUUCUAGCACUUUUGGGCAGUGAUGAACCUAUGGACCUUAAGGAUUAAGCUCUAAAAUAGUUUCAUUCAUUUUUUUUUCUCUACUUUUAGAAUAAGUUUGAUCAAACAACAUAGGACACUUUGGAUGAAUUCUAU